AUGACCUCAAGGAACGUCAAAGGGCGCAAUGGCGCUGCUCCCCCCAAAAUAGUCACCGCCAAAUUAGACGUCAGUCCGCUUUCUAACGGGUUUGCCCAGAAACGACCCGAAUCACCAUUUAACUGGUCCCUUUUUGCCACAGACGCCACUGGGCUCUCCAACCCCAGAGCGCUCUUCGUCUCCCGUCGUGGGGUGGAAACCAACCAAACCCGCUCCAUGGCUGGCAUGGGCCACCGAACCAGGUAUACCCAGUCCCUUUCCAUUCGAGCACAAAAAUCUGACACUCGGCCAGUGAUUGCACUCAAGUUGCUCCUCAUUCCGGUCGUCCUGUACUUCAACUGGGAGUUCGUCGCGCGAUACGUGUCGCCUCCACUCUCGAAUCCCUUCGGUCCCUUCUUCCUCCUCUCCGGUUACGUUGAAGGUUCCAAACCCGAUGACCCUCGUUACGCGAAAUCAUGGCUGGAUUUCUUGUUCCUCGGCUUCUACAUCGUGUUUUGGUCAAUGGUCCGCCAAACCAUCGCCGUCAAUAUUGCCCGUCCCAUUGCUCGCUACUUCGGUCUCAGGAAAGAAGCGAAAAUCGACAGGUUCGGAGAGCAACUGUAUGCUAUGAUUUAUUUUGCCAUCUGCGGUGCAUGGGGCUAUCGCGUCAUGAAACAAUUGCCCACCUACUGGUACCAAACUGAGCACUUCUGGAUCGCUUUACUAGAUUACCCACACUGGGACAUGAAGGGGGAAUUGAAGAGAUACUAUCUCAUGCAGUUCUCCUACUGGUGCCAACAGUUUAUUGUGCUGCUUUUGGGUUUGGAGAAGCCACGCAAGGACUACUGGGAACUGGUCGCCCACCAUUUCGUGACAAUGUGGCUGGUUGGCUGGAGUUAUGGCCUGAACUUUACCAUCAUCGGGAGUGCCGUUUACAUGAGCAUGGAUAUUCCAGACUCCUUCCUCGCUGCUUCCAAACUUUUGAACUACAUGCAAUGGAACAGGGCAAAGAUUGUCUCAUUUGUUACCUUUAUUGCUGUUUGGACCUACUUCCGUCACUACCUCAACUUGAAGAUCCUUUGGUCCUGCCUCUUUGAGACUCAAUUGGUUCCCGAAUCGUCCAAGAUAUGGUCAUUUGAAAACGGCACUUACAUGGUGAACUGGAUGCCAUUUAUGGUUUUCGGGUCCAUUUUUGCUCUCCAAAUUCUCAAUCUCUUCUGGUACUACCUCAUGUGGAGAAUUCUAAUCAGGGCCAUUAUUACCCGCGAGGCGGAUGACGACAGAUCAGACGACGAAGGCGACGAUGAUGAUGAACCAGACAAGGAAGACUAA